AUGACACCAUGUCGUUCUUGCAGAGUCGCAGUUGUUAUGCUCUGACAAUCGACAAACAUCAGCGUUUGCCUGAAACUCCCCACCGCAGCAAUGACGAUUAGGGUUUUCUUCAUUCUCGCCGUCGUUCUCUUCUCCGCCCCGUUUCUACGAGUUGCUAGAUGUGACUCAGAAACUGUAGUAGUUGAAGGUAUUGAGGAAGGGAGAGAUAUUGGAAUAGGUGGUGAAGAUGUGCAAGAUUUUGGUGAGGGAAGUUUUGGUCCGGCUCCUGGAGUAGAGACAGUUUGUAUUUUCCCCAGAAACCCUUCAAAGCUUGUUCCCGCUGGCGAGCAGAAGGAACUUUUAGUUGGGAUGAAAAAUGACGGGGAAUCUGCACUAAAUGUUAUUGCAAUUCAAGCCACCCUUCAUCUUCCAUAUGAUCAUAGCUAUAUAGUUCAAAAUCUUUCUACUCAGGGGUUCAACAAUGCAACCGUUCGGCCAUUUGCCCAAGCAGCAUUUCCAUAUCUAUUUGGUGUUAGCAAAUUUUUACAGCCUGGAACAUUUGAUCUUGUGAGCAGCACUGUAUAUGAAGUGGACCAGCUCACAUACCAAAGCACAUUCUACAAUGGCACUAUAGUGGCCUUCUCAGUGUUGAGUCUGUUUUCUUGUUUUCUCUAGGAGUUGCCAUUGUUGGCCUCCUCGGGUUCUGGAUUCGUGAUUGCUUUCAAAAUUUGUCAAAGAAAAGCAAGAGGGCUCUAAAGGCAAAGGUGGAAGUUGGAACCGGGAUAACAGAUGCCGCAAUGGAUGAAUGGCUGGAGGGAACUGCAUAUUCCCAGUCUCACUCCAAAUCAGAGAAGAAGUAAAUGAUCAGCAAAGAGUUUCAAAAAUAGCACGCACAAUUUGGAAAGGGUAAAGCUUGUCGGUUUGGUAUUGAGGUCAGGCAGAGGUGGUAGUUGUAACAUUAUGGAGAUGUUCAUUCAGUCCGACAGGGAUACAAUUUUGUGCGGUCUGAGUAAUACUCGUAUACUACUAGUUUGGGACAAUGUUAGUUUUGGACAAUUGCAAGAUGCAACAGCAGAUAAUUGAUUUUUCGUCUGUUGGCAAUGUUACUCUGCGAAAUCCUUUAAUAUAAUAUUUGAGAGUUGAUUAAAUUAGAUGAUGACACGUGUAUUUAGUGAGAGUUUAUUUUAUUGACAAAUCAGCAUCCACGCGUCAUUCUCCCGUGCGUAUUCCAAGCGGAGGAAAAAGGGGAAUUCCCAAUCUCCAGCGGAACCUUCUUCGUCGUCCCAAUCUGCAGCGCAACCCUUUCUCGCCUUUCCAUCUUCGUCGCUAGAAAUCCGCAAUUCCCAAGAUUUUUUCAAGAUUUAUCUUCCAUCCUCGUCCGACUGAAUAGCCGAUCCAGGUCAACUCGCGGAUCAACAUUCCAUCUUCACCAUGGAAAGACUUCAAAUUAGGUAUUUU